GCUUUGGUGAGCCUCCUGUCUGCAGAAUCAAAUGCUCAGCUUGAUGUAUGUGGCACUGCUCCACACAGCAGCAGGAUAGUCGGAGGUGAAGAUGCUCCACCUGGACACUGGCCGUGGCAGGUCAGCGUGCAGAUAUUUGGUGAACAUUUUUGUGGCGGUUCCCUCAUCAACAAAGAGUGGGUGAUGUCUGCUGCUCACUGCUUUUUUACUUCAAGUCCUUCCAGAUGGAAGGUUUAUCUUGGGCUUCAGAGUCUGCAGGGUGAAAAUCCAAACAAAGUGUCAAGAAAUGUUGCUAAAAUCAUUUUGCACCCAAACUAUGACAGUGUGACCAACAACAACGACAUCGCUCUGCUCAGACUCUCCUCACCAGUCAGAUUCACUGACUACAUCAGACCUGUGUGCCUGGCAGCGAGUGGCAGUGUGUUCAACAAUGGCACUGAUAGCUGGGUGACUGGCUGGGGUGCAGUCAAGGAGGGAGUGGCCUUACCCUUCCCUCAAACGCUGCAAGAAGUGGAGGUGCCAGUUGUGGGGAACAGACAGUGUAACUGCCUGAAUGGAGUGGGCACAGUCACAGACAACAUGAUCUGUGCUGGUGUUCUGGCAGGAGGCAAAGACUCAUGCCAGGGAGACUCAGGAGGUCCAAUGGUGAGUAAACAGGGCUCUGUUUGGGUCCAGUCUGGAAUUGUAAGUUUUGGUUUUGGUUGUGCUCGGCCCAAUCUGCCAGGAGUCUACUCCAGAGUGUCCCGUUACCAGUCCUGGAUCAAGUCACACAUUUGCUCCUAUAGGCCAGGAUUUGUGCGGUUCAUCUCCAGCGGGCUGGAUCCUGAUAGCAGCUACACCUGUCCUGGUCCUCUAACAAGACCCUCAAGUGAGUCUCAGGUUCCAGUUCCAGUUUUCAGAACGACAAGUAAGCCUGCACGAAUGUCAGUUUGUUGCAACACCCUCGUGAACAGUGACACAGGAGGAGACAAGAGCACUGUACUUGAAGGAAUUUGGCCCUGGAUGGUAAGUCUUCACCAAAAUGGAGUGCAUAAAUGUGGAGGAAGCUUAAUAUCUGACAACGUUAUACUCACAACUGCGCAAUGCUUCUCUACCACCAGUCCAAAUGCCAGUGAAUGGAAUGUGUUUCUUGGUCUUAGACUCGUAAAUGGUUCUGAAGAGUUUGAGACAUCUUUGGGUGUUUUGAACAUUACAGUGAGCAAAAUGACUGGCUCCAAUAUUGCACUAUUGCAGCUGUUUGAAUCAGUCAGUUUCAACAAUUAUAUCCAGCCUGUGUGUUUGGACAUUAGUGAUUCAAGAUCUUUCCCCAUUGGUAGUCAGUGUUUGGUGACAGGCUGGGAAAACAGGAACAACAGCAGAGGUGCUGUUAAAGCUGGCAUAGUUCUUCAAAACAUGAAAACUCAAGUUGCAAGUUGUGGCAAUCUUUCUGAUUCAGAUCAAAUUUGUACUCACAUCAUGGACCUUCAAGAGGGAGGUCAGGGCUGCCCAUUGCUGUGCAAGUCAGAGUCAUCAUGGUUCCAGGUUGCUGUUGUAACAGUAUAUAAAAGUAGACUGAGCCAUGGAGAUGUUGACGUCUUUACCAAAAUCUCAAGUUUUGGUUCAUUCUUAAAGGAGAUUAUUGAUGAAACACCAUCUGCUGCAGCACUUUUAACAGGAAGUUCACCUGAUAUCUCAGUUUCCUUAUUGAUGUUUUUUUGCUGUCCUCAUUAUCUCCUUGUUCCUGUUGUCAUGAUUUGCUCUUGUGGGUGGUUGGUGUAG